ACCAGAAACCCCCAAUAAUAGCUCUUCCUGGUUGCCGCGCUCACAAUCACAUAAAGAGUGACUGUUUGAGGAGAUCACUUUUGCGACGCUGGCCAGUGCUUGGAGUGGAUGUCUGGUGUCAUCAUGGCGGCUUUCAAUACCAUCCAUGCUGCCAUUAUCUGCGGAAUUUUCGUUCUCUCAGAGAACCAGAAUGUCAAGGCCACGGGAAGUGGCAGCAGCAAUGUUGACCGGCCAAGAUGUAAUGUCAGUCAUGACAACAAAUUAGUCAACUGCAGCUCUCUACAUCUAACGUCUCUGUCAAACGUUACAAUUCCAGAUGGAGUCAACAUUCUUCUCCUCGACCACAACAAUUUAUCAUGCAUAAACAACUUUGAAUUUGCAAGAUUUCGGAAUUUGACGCAUCUUGACCUGUCCUACAAUGUCGUAAACGCCAUCGAGGAAGAUGGUUUUGAAAACAUGAGCAGUUUGAGAGUCCUUAAUUUAUCCCACAGUAUUAUCGAGCCAUCUGUAUUAACGAUAAAUUCGUUCAGAGGGUUACACAACCUUAAAACGCUCUGGCUGAAUAACUACAAUAUGACUGAAUACCCCGACGAAGCUCUGAGCCGGCUUACAUCCUUGGAAACUCUCUUCAUCAAUGGCGUUCCAGAUGGGGAAUUUGGACCGGGCUUCAGGAACCUUACAAAACUAACUCAUCUUACCGCCUCUGGGAAAAACGGAUUUUGUAACCAAACAACACUGUCAGCAUCUACAUUUAAUAACACUGUUUUCUUGGAAUAUUUGGAUGUAUCAAAAUGUUUUAUUAUCCACAUUGAAAAUGAGACCUUUUCGCAACUGAGGAAACUAAGAACGCUUGAUAUAUCUGGUAAUUCUAGACUCACAUUUCAAUCAUUUGGCAUCGGAACGUAUGGACUACAGUUCACGAACAUCACAACCCUGAAAGCCAAUCACAUCGUGUUAAGGCAUACUAGUUGUGUAGUAAUUCGCAAGGCACAUGUUGUUCACCUCUUCAACACCUCCCUAGAAAAUCUGUACAUUGAUUCCAACGAAAUUGUAGAUAUUGAGAUGAAGGCGCUGGAGCUCUUGCCCAAGACUCUACGAUUCGUAUCGGCCCAGAGGAAUAAAUUCAGCUACGGACAAUAUCUACGUGACUUAGCUUCUCUCACGGGACUCGAGGAAAUUUGGUUAAGUGGACAACCAUACCCAAUUAAUGUUCCAAACGAUGACACUGUCGAUGACCAAACGUGUGCCCAGUCUGAGACACCGUAUUGUUUCCAUGAUGAGAUAGACGAACGUGAUGUUCUUGAAAGUGAACUUCAAUCUCGCAGUGUCUGGUACGAAUCAGAGACAGUUAGUGAUCGUUUUUCACCUCUUUUCAACUUAUCACUCCCGCCGAAUCUGAAGACGAUAGUGUCGAACUUCACACAAAUGGCGUUCCAGAUCGGGAAAAUACGCUUUGAAGCAUCAAAUCUAUCCUAUCUUGAUCUGUCCAGUAAUCUUGUCAUCUUUGACAAUGGAUAUAUAAGAGGGCUAGAUAAUGUUACAUACAUAGAUCUAUCCAAUAAUCUAGCCAGGAAAAUGUCUCCUACAUUACUCGCAAACUCCUUGAAUCUUCGCACCUUGAACAUGUCGUAUAAUUUCUUUGGUUGGCAGAUACAGAGAGAUACCAAGGGUGAAAUAUUCAAAAACCUGACUCAACUUACAGAGUUGGUUAUUUCCAAUAAUGAUUUGAAAGGGCUGAGAGGUGAUGUAUUACGCGAUCUGUAUUCCUUACAGAUUUUAAACGUGUCAAAUAACGGAAUGUACAACUUUAACGCCAAAAUCAACCACUUGAUUCAUCUACAGGUCAUAGACUGUUCACACAACCAAAUAUCGUGGUUGUCACGAAAGGUCAUGGAUGAUAUCAAGGAAAUUAAAUCGAAGGUUCCAAACUUAACAUUACAUCUUCAAGGUAAUCCAUUAUCAUGUUCCUGCAAUCAGCUUCCGUUUCUCAAAUGGCUGCUAACUUCGGGGAUAACACCUGAUAAUAUGAAUGGCUACUAUUGUCUACUGGCCAACACGAGCAGAAGAAACAUCCUGAACAAGGCGGACUUUGCGAAACUGAUAGAUGAGCAAACCGCAGAGUGUCAAAACAACUUCGGACUCGCUCUAGGAUGUGUAUCCGUCUUCGUCGUAGUUAUUGCACUGAUGGUUUCUGCAAUCGUCUAUCGGUACAGAUGGAAGUUAAGGUAUCUGUAUUACGCUGCAAGGUUACGUUACAUGACGGACAACGACGCUGAAGAAGAGCAAGAUCAGUUCGCAUUCGACGCCUUUGUCUCCUAUGCUGAUGAAGACCGAGGGUUUGUCAUUAAUGACAUGAGAGCGCAUUUGGAACACGAUGCCAGUAUGACUCUCAACAUCCACCACCGUGACUUCAUGCCAGGAGAGCCUAUUGCUUCAAACAUCGUUGGCGCCAUCAAGAAGAGCAGGAAGACGGUGGUGGUUCUGUCCCAGAACUUUCUCAACAGUUACUGGUGCACGUACGAACUGCGCAUGGCCCAGAUGGAGAGCAUCAGUAGUGGGAGGGACAUCAUCAUCAUCAUCAUGUAUGAGUCAGUACCCGCUAAGAAUAUCCCACCGGAGUUUCUUCAUAUGCUGCAGUCUGAUUCCUAUAUUGAGUACCCGCACGGUGAAGCUGACAGUCACAUCUUCUGGAAACACAUAGGGCGGGCCUUGCGACAUCGAUCACAUCGUCAGAAUUCGAUCAGUUCGUCGUCGCAGGCUGUUCCAUAGUACCAGUGAACAUUACAUAUAUCUGAUACAUUAUUGUUCUGAAAUCUAUUUGACAUCCGAUGCCUUCCGGUGACUGUAUUGUUUAUAGAACCAUUGGAACCAUUCCGACGGAUGCGUAAAUCAACAGCGAAAAGCUUAUACUUUACCAACAUGGCAACAACUGAUCUUUGUAAUCUCCGCAACUCAAGGGGGGCACGGGUGGCCCAGUCGUCUAAGGCGCCGCGAUUCGCUGUGCAGAGUUGCGUCCCUUGGGCACGCAAGAAACCAAUGAUUGUGGGUUCGAGUCCCGGUUCGCCCCGAUUAUGUUUCUA